AAUUACAAGAUUCUUAAACAAAACAUCACAGAAUACAUUUGCAAAAUAUUUUUACAAAGUGAUAUCUCGUCGGUACACUGAUAUUAAGCACUUUAUAAAUUUACGCAAAUCCUCAAUUCAGUUCAAAAGUUGAUUUCAAACGCAGUGGUCAGUGAAAGUCAAGUGCAUUUUGUAGAGAACUCAAAGUUUUUAGAAUUCAGGAAAAAUGGGAAGGAAGAAACCACCACAUAUGGCAACCGAAUUUCGCUUCAAUCCAACAUUAACAGAAGGCGAUCCUUGUUCCAGACCAGUUUUGAUUAUCGGUCAAUUGCGUCAUUUAAAUCUUUUGAAAUUCAGUGAUUUAGCUGUUAAAUUAAAUCCACGUGUCUCAGAGGAUGUUUUCAAGGAUGCCAUAUCUGCCUUACAUCCAUCACCUACUGAUAAGUGUUCAAUGUAUUUGGAUGUAGCAACUGUAGCUGCAUUACCUAUCAAAUGUUCACGUCACAAUACCCCAUCACGUGCUCAUGCCAUCACAGCUUUGGUGAAAGCUAAUGUUUUAAAUGUUAAUGAUGAAAGCAUUGUUAUAGUUUGUGAACGCAAUGAUAUAUUCCCAGCUGCUUGUGCUGUGGUACGUGCUUUUCCAUUGUUUACGCGUAAGACUGGUAGCUUAGGUGCAAAACAUCACAUAGGUGAUUCCAAUGACGAUCAGGCUGAUAAGUCCAUUGUAAAUAUUGAAUUUCUUGUCAUUGAGAAAGAUGGUCAACUAUCACAAAAGCCACUAAGUAAAGAGGACAUUGCAUGCAUAGAAAGUGCAGCUUAUGGUAUACGAUUAACAGCACGUAUUGUUGAUACACCUUGCAAUGAAAUGAAUGUUAGUCAUUUUGUAAAGGAAGUUGAAAACGUCGCUUCAAAGUUAUCAAUUAAACCGAAAAUUAUACGCGGUGAAGAAUUACGUGAACAAGGAUUUGGUGGCAUUUACGGUGUUGGUAAGGCAGCCGCUGUACCACCCGCAUUAGUUAUAUUAUCUCAUGAACCGCAAGGCGCACAUGAAACUAUCGCCUUGGUGGGUAAGGGUAUCGUUUAUGAUACCGGCGGUCUUAGCAUUAAGGCUAGAACACAAAUGCCUGGCAUGAAACGGGAUUGCGGUGGUGCAGCUGCUAUUCUAGGCGCUUUUUAUGCUGCUGUUAAAAACGAUUUCAAAGAGAAUUUGCAUGCAGUAUUCUGUUUGGCAGAAAACUCUGUUGGUCCAAACGCAACACGUCCUGAUGAUAUACAUACAUUGUAUUCCGGUCGCACUGUUGAAAUAAACAACACUGAUGCUGAAGGGCGUUUAGUAUUAGCUGAUGGCGUUUGCUAUGCUAACAAGGAUUUGAAAGCCAACAUCAUUUUGGAUAUGGCAACUUUAACUGGAGCACAGGUUAGUACAUUAGAUAAGUUAAAAUGUUGGAUUUAG